AUGGAUGCCGUUUUGCCAUCAGAGCUCUUCACUGUGGGAAACUUGACAAUGAUCAAUAUGCUCACCAACAGUCUUACAGGGAAACUGCCAAGCGAGCUUGGGCUUCUAACAAGUCUGACAUACCUUCAAGUGGGGAGGAACAAAUUCAAAGGACGCAUACCGACCGAUGUUGGCAGGCUGACCAGCAUACAAGAGCUCAGAAUGUACACCAACACUUUUACAGGGUCUCUUCCGAGCGAGCUUGGGCAGUUGACCAACAUGGCACUUCUUGAAAUCUACCGGAACUCCCUCAAUGGCAGCAUACCAUCUGAGCUUGGGUGGUUGACCAGCAUGGAAGAAUUGAAACUGUCCAGGAACGCUUUCACAGGGUCUCUUCCAACCCAGCUUGGGCUGUUGACCAACAUGACACUUCUUGAAAUCGACCGGAACUCCCUCAAUGGCAGCAUACCAUCUGAGCUUGGGUGGUUGACCAGCAUGGAAGAAUUGAAAAUGUCCAAUGGCAGCAUACCAUCUGAGCUUGGGUGGUUGACCAGCAUGGAAGAAUUGAAAAUGUCCGGGAACACUUUCACAGGGUCUGUUCCAAGCGAGCUUGGACAGUUAACCAACAUGGCACUUCUUGGAAUCGACCGGAACUCCCUCAAUGGCAGCAUACCAUCUGAGCUUGGGUGGUUGAUCAGCAUAGAAGAAUUGAAAAUGUCCAGGAACGCUUCACAGGGUCUCUUCCAACCAGCUUGGGCUGUUGACCAACAUGACUUCUUGACUACCGAACUCCCUCAAGGAGCAUACCAUCUGAGCUUGGUUGGUGACCAGCAUAGAAGAAUUGAAAAUGUCCGGGAACACUUUCACAGGGUCUGUUCCAAGCGAGCUUGGACAGUUAACCAACAUGGCACUUCUUGGAAUCGACCGGAACUCCCUCAAUGCAGCAUACCAUCUGAGCUUGGGUGGUUGAUCAGCAUAGAAGAAUUGAAAAUGUCAGGAACGCUUUCACAGGUCUCUUCCAACCCAGCUUGGGCUGUUGACCAACAUGACACUUCUUGA